AAAAAAAGAAGAGAACAUCUAUCUGGGACCACACGACACUCCUCCCUCACAAGCAAGGUAGCAAGAGCCCAACUUGUCUAGUUGGAAGCAAUGUUUCAAGUAGAAACUCAAGGAAGCAAAUAGAAGGAUCAAUGGGAAUGAGCUGUUGAAAUAUUUAACAACCUAAUAUGAAAAAAUUGAUUGGCUUUUCUCUCUCCUAGAGAGAUAACUGUCUAGAGAGAGAAAAAAAGUGUUACAUCUAUGACACGUUCCCAUCAAAACUCGCCCUUCGUCUCUAGUUCACAUUCUCCGGCAGCGGUUUCCCCAAUUGGUGCUUUCGGCAACCGCCUUACUGCUUCUCCAGUACUUCAGCCAGUGGAUAUUUUGCGAGAAAAGCUUAGUUUAGAAAUCAAGAAAAUGAAUCCCACCUCUACAGAUGUGAAUUGUUGUUCUAGGUCGGUCCCAUCUCAUUUGGAUCCGGUGUUGCCCCUUGCUAUUACUCCUAUUUCCUGGGCUGAUGUUGUUGCCAAUUCCAGUAAGAACAAGCUUUUGUUCCAUCCUCUUGAAUUGCGUAAUGGCACAUUAGUUGUCAAAGUUCCUCAUUCUAUUCAUGAAGAAGGGGUUUUUAGUAAGCAAGCCCUUAAACAAGAAUGGAAAGUAGUGUCUGGGAAGGGGAAAAAGCCUCAAGAGGAUAAGGAUUCUACUGCAUUAGCUGAAUCUGGUGACACUCAGACUCUUUUGCCCUCCAAAGAUAUUCAAAUGAUUCAAUCCCCUCCUAUUCCAACUACUCAACCAUCCCAUCAAGCUUCUCUACUUCGUGAGAAUGUGAAUGAGAAUCCUUUUGCAAUCUUGACUCAAAGUGUAUCUAACUCUGUGCUAGAUGUUGGACAAGUUGUGGCACCUAGAUCUAGAGUAACUUCCCAAGGGGUGGCUAUAGUUGACUUGGUACUAAUGAGUAAAGCCCUCCCUUCUGUCCGCUGGAUUGUAAGUGGUGGUUUUAAUGAGAUUAGAGCCAUUCAUGAAAGGUCUGAUUGGCAUUCUCUUGCUUGCCUCCCUAUAGGGUUAGAAGUCUUCCAUAACAGUUUGAAUGAGGCUGAAUUGGAUGAUUUACCUACUAUUGAUCCCAUCAACACCUGGUCAAACAAAAGGUUUCAGGGUCUCAUUGCCAAGAAGCUUGAUCGAUUGAUGGUUAAUGAGGCUUGGGUAGAUGCUUAUCCAAACACUAAAGCUAGAUUUCUCGCUCCAAGAUGUUCUGAUCACAAUAUAGGGUUUGUAGAGAUUGCAACACCAAUAGGUGGCACACGGAGGAAACCCUUCAAAUUUUUUAGCUUCUAGACUAAGAGUGAUAGAUUUUUGGCAACAGUAAAGGAAACAUAGGAUAAAUUUCAUGUCUCAGGUUGUUUCAUGUUCCAACUCUGCAAGAAACUCAAAGCUUUGAA